CAAUGUCAAGCUACGACCCUCUAUCAAUCUUUACAAUGCCAAACUCCGACCAUUUAUAAAUCUUCACAAUGCCAAGCUACGACCCUCUGUCAAUCUUCACAAUGCCAAACUCCGACCAUUUAUAAAUCUUCACAAUGUCAAGCUACGACCAUCUGUCAAUCUUCACAAUGUCAAGCUAGGUCCCCGUAUAAAUCUUCACAAUGCCAAGCUACGACCCUCUAUCAAUCUUCACAAUGCCAAACUCCGACCAUUUAUAAAUCUUCACAAUGUCAAGCUACGACCCUCUCUACGAUCCUCUAUCAAUCUUCACAAUGCCAAGCUACGACCUUUUAUCAAUCUCCACAAUGUCGAGCUAGGUCCCCGUAUAAAUCUUCACAAUGCCAAACUCCGACCAUUUAUAAAUCUUCAAAAUGUCAAGAUACGACCCUCUAUCAAUCUUCACAAUGCCAAGCUACGACCCUCUAUCAAUCUUCACAAUGCCAAGUUACGACCCUCUAUCAAUAUUCACAAUGCUAA